AUGGGUCAACUGUGUGGACGAUGCAUGCAGCUGCUGCGGGACUUCGUGGCCUUUGUUCAGAGGAUGUCCGCCAACUUGGUGCACCGCAUCAAGGAAUGCUUAACUCUCAUAAGCAAUUGCUCCUGCUUAAAGCAAAACAGCUCUAAAGCCAGACAGCUCUACAAGCCCAUCCUGCAGCCUCAUGAGAGGGUGACAGCACAGGAGUUUCUGCAGCAUAUUGAAACAGGUUUUGAAAUGUCACCACUUGGAAAGGACCCUCUGGAAGCCUUGCGGACCUUAGCCUUUUCAGAAAACCCGGGUUUACAGCAGUCUGCUGCCCUCUAUUACUUGCAUAUGAGUCAGCACAUGAACGUCCCCCUUCCUGUGGAGCAUCUGGAACCCUUCUACGCCUUACUGCGAUCUGCUGACCUGGAGGUGCAGCAGAUGUCCUCCUUGUCCCUUGUCAACUUCUUGCUGGAAGGAAAUAUUGACAAAGAAUUAGUCGUCCAAAUGGGUUUACUUGAGCCAAUUCUGGAUCUGCUUGAGUCAGAGGAUCCCACUGUUCAAUGUAAUUCCUGUGCCUGCACCAUGACUUUGGCUGUUUCAGAGUCCAACCGAGAGGCUAUUGGAGCUGCUCAAGGAGUUACACCCCUACUGGCUCUUGCCAAUUCCUAUGAUCCUAGAGUCCAACAAAAUGCAGUUGGUGCUAUUCUCAACCUCACGCAAUCAGAGAAAAUCCAACAGGUCCUGUGCAAGGAGGGAGCCCUACCAGUGCUUGCCUUGCUGCUGGAAUCUCCUGACUCAGAAGUGCAG